AAACCCACCUCAUAAAUGGCGCCCAGUCUCUCCAGAGACUGCUUAUGCGACACCGCCAGCUCAUCCGAUGCUAAUCCGCCCGCCAGAACGCGCAACUCAGCAACGGCACCGCUCCCCGCCGCUUCCGCUUAUACGAAUGUACAGCGCGGAAGAAGAUUGGAUGGCCGAUUCUACGCCAACGUAGUGAUCGAGGGCAUGAGUGUGCGAGCACUGGUGGACACCGGCGCCACGGUCACGUAUGUCGACAAAACCGUACGCAAGCACUUGGAGAAGAGUAUGAUCCGACCACGGCUCAGCCAUCGCAACGUGCAACUCGCUGACCAAACGUGCAUCUCAAGUUCGUAUACGUACUCCGUUAAUAUCAAGUACAGCGGACGAGCAACGACGACGCUGGUCUCAGUGAUCCCAAAUCUCGCUGAACGCAUAAUUUUGGGAAUGGAAUUUCUCAGGAAAAGAGGGAUCACCAUCAUGCUGGAUGGCCAACAACUAGCCGCAGCCAACUUGCGGAAACCAGACACACCCGCCAAGUUGUGCGCGACAACUGAGAGAGAACACUUACGGGAAGAGCAGAAGCGAACCGAAUUUUUGAGAAAUCACCGAAAGCUCUCUGGCAGAAUCAUCAGGCCUAGCACCACCGCCGGCCGUAUGAACACACCCAAGUGCAACCAGCCAGCGAAGCAAUGGACCGGCCCCCGCAACACGACCGUAACGACCACCAUUCAAAGCCACGCUGUGGUCUCCGAACAAGCCGCGUGUUCAUCAGGCAGAAUUACUAAUCACCAUCGAAAACUCACCAGAGGAGAUGACGCAACCACCCGCAGCCAGCAGCCAACAAAUAACAGAUGCCAGCGAAGAGCCCGAAAACGAAGACAUAGCGCCAAACACCGACCAAGUGAGCCGCCCAGGAACACACCCCGCCGUCCUCAACCGAGAGACCUUAUUUAGCUUUUGUUUUGCUUUUUCAAAAACCUGUUUAAGUUUGUAAUUAUUUAAUUCCGUUUGCAUAAAAGUAUUGUAAUUAGUGUAUACUUGUAUCCGUACGUAAAAGCGAAAUAA